GCGAAGACCAAAGUGACAUGCACAAGUUUGGGUUAAAAUGUUGUUUAUUGUUUGUGUUUUCAAAGCAGCUGUUGUCUAAAUCAAGAUGUUUAAGAUACGUAAAUCUAAGGAUGAGGAGCCAACUGCUCCAGGGCAGGUGAAAAUUAAAAAGAAGUCAAGGGUGCCUGGAGUUAUGAUCACCCAGUAUGUGGAAGAACUACCUGAAGGAAUGAGCACCCCAGAUUUCACUCGGAAACCUAUUGCUCUGACUAUCCAAGAAGGAAAACUGGCUAUUUUCAGAGCAAUAGUUACCGGCAAACCAGAACCAACUGUGACCUGGGUGAGAAAUGAGGGAGAAAUUGAUGAUGAAAUGUACAAAAUUACCCACGAUACAAGUUCUGGUGAAUACCAGCUACAGAUACCAGAUGUAUCGGUGGAUCAAGCUGACACCUACAAGUGUUAUGCCAGAAAUGAAUAUGGAAAAGCGGUUGUAACAGCUGUGCUCAAUGUUAUUGAAGUUGGCUAUAAAAAGAGCAGAGCCUUGAAAGAAUCAAGAACAGCUAUCCGAGAAACACCUGAGGAUUUCAAAAAGGCCUUAAAAAACACGGUUGACAUUGAGUCUAAAGAAGAAGAAAAACCAGAAAUUGAUGACAAGUUUUGGGAACUGUUGUUGAGUGCCGACAAAAAAGAUUACGAGAGCAUCUGUGCUCAGUAUGGUGUCACUGAUUUUCGUGGGAUUCUAAAGAAACUAAAUGAAAAGAAGAUUGAAAGGGAGCAAGAGCAAGAAAAGGUUGUUGAGAGACUAUGCAACCUAAAGCCUAUUGAAAUGAGAGAAAAUGGUGCUGCAGAGUUUGAACUUGAAAUGUCACUGAAAGACAUUACUAGCAAAAUCUUCCUAUACAAGGAUGGAGUUAUGGUUCCAUUUGAUUGUGACACAGAGGUAAAACACGGAUUGAGACAAGUGGGGAAGAAGUUUGUGUUCAGCAUCAAUGGUGUUAGUCCAGAGGAUGCAGGAUUAUACCAAGUGGAAGUUGAUGGAGUUAAGAUCUUCUCAACAGACUUAAAACUUCCACCUGUAGACUUCCUGGUCAAGAUUCAAGACGUGAAAGCAGAGGAAAGAGAAGAUGCUGUGUUUGAGUGUGUCAUCUCACAUCCCAUGCAUAAGAUAAAUUGGGUUGGAAAGAAUACUCCAUUGGAGCAAGGGGACAAAUAUGACAUCAUUGUGUCAGAGGACAAGCUGAUUCAUACAUUGGUGGUGAAGGACUGCAUGCCAUUGGACAAAGGAAUUUAUGCAGCUAUGACUGGACAAAAAUCCUGCAAUGCCUGGCUUAUAGUGGAAGCUGACAAUGAUCCAAACUCACACGGAAAGAAGAAAGCUCGCAAAACAACCCGAGCUGGUGGUGGUGGAGCCGAUCUUUUGAAAAUUGCUCAGGAGCAACAGGCUAAGAUACAGCUGGAGAGAGAUGAGAUGAUUGCAAGGGCAAAGGAAAGGGCUGAGGCUGAAGCAGCGGCGGCAGCCGCAGCGGCAGCUGAGAAGGCAGAAGCAGAUGCUAAAGCUAAAGCAGAAGCAGAAGCUAAAGCUAAAGCUAAAGCAAAAGCGAAGACCAAGGGGAAGACAAAGGCAAAGGGACAGACAAAGACAAAAGUAAAGGGGCAGACAAAGGCUGGAGAUGGCACAGAUAAGGCAGGGGAAGAUGUAGAAGAGGAAGAUGAUGAGGAAGAGGAUGAGCAGGAAGGAGAAGUACCAACUGAGGGUAAAUCAUCAAAAGCUAAGCAGGAGCUACAAGCAAAGGAAGAAGGGGCUCCUGAUACUGAAGAAGAGGAGCCUGUUCAAGAGAAAAGAAAGAGAGUGAGAGCAGGCCCACUUGUCCCUGAUACCAUCAUUGACCCAGGAGUAUACUUCACUAGUGGACUUUCAGAUGUAACUGCUAUCAUUGGUACUGAUGCCGAACUGGUCUGCAGACUGAGCAGUGAGGACUGCGAUGGAGUCUGGUACAAAGAUGGCAAAGAGAUAACAACCACAGAUGAUAUCUGUAUUGUCAAAGAUGGGACUUAUCGCAAACUAAUUGUCAAAAACUGCAAAGAAGACGAUACUGCAAAGUACCGAUUUGAGGCUGAUGGGCGUAAAACAGAAGCAGUGCUAAAGAUUGAAGAUCCUCCAAGAAUCAACCCCGAUGACCUCGCUGACUUCAUGAAACCUGUUACAAUCAAAACUGGCAAAGAUGCAGCCUUCAAGCUGUCUUUUGUUGGACGGGAACCCAUGAAGAUACAGUGGUACCAUGAAGGCGAAGAGUUGUUGGAGGACAGCCAUACCAAGAUUGAGAAGUCUUCCUCACACAGCCGUCUGCUGUUGACAAAGUGCCCACGCAAAAUCACAGGAGAAAUUAAGAUUAAGAUUAAAAAUGAAUGUGGAAUAACUGAGGCCAUCUCCCAGCUCAUUGUAUUAGAUAAACCAACACCACCACUAGGCCCUGUGGAUAUUAUCGAAAGUUCUUCUUCUUGCAUCGAGUUCAAAUGGAGGCCUCCUAAAGACAAUGGAGGGUCCCCUAUCACUGACUACAUCCUGGAGCGCCAGCAAAUUGGCCGAAACAGCUGGAAGAAACUGGGCAAAAUUGGCCCAGAGGCUAAAUACAGGGACACUGAUGUGGAUCAUGGCAGAAAGUACUGCUAUCACAUCAGGGCUGAAACUGAUCAAGGCAUCAGUGAAAUGAUGGAGACUGAUGACAUUCAGGCAGGAACAAAGGCAUACCCUGGACCUCCUUCUACACCAAAAAUUGUUAGUGCUUUCAAGGAUUGUAUCAAUCUUGCUUGGUCUGCACCUUCCAAUACUGGAGGAACCAACAUUUUGGGAUACAACGUGGAGAAACGCAAGAAAGGCAGUAAUCUGUGGAGCUUUGUCAACCCACCAGAUCAGCCCAUUAAAGAGAAAAAGUAUGCAGUGAAGGAUGUUGUUGAAGGCAUCGAGUACGAGUUCCGUGUAUCAGCUAUCAACAUCUCUGGUGCCGGAGAGCCAAGUUCCCCAUCUGAAUUUGUGAUUGCGAGAGAUCCAAAGAAGCCCCCUGGAAAAGUUAUCGACUUGAAGGUGACUGACUCUACAUACACCACCUUAUCGCUGGGGUGGACCAAACCCAGGGAGGAGGAGGGGGUCCAAGAUGAGGCCAAAGGAUACUUUGUGGAGCUCAGACCAGCAGAAAAUCCAGAGUGGGAUCGUUGUAACACCAAUGCUAUCAUUAUGACCUCCUAUACUAUUAUGGGUCUGAAGUCUAUGGCCAUGUACUGGGUAAGAGUCAUAGCCACCAAUGAGGGUGGAGACAGUGAGCCUCAAGAGUUGGACAACUACAUCAUUGCAAUGCCUCCUCCAGUGAGACCCCAUUUCACUGACAGAAAAAUAAAGAACUUCAUCGUAAUGAGAGCUGGGAACUCUGCGCGGGUCAACUUCAACUUUCAGGCCUCUCCAAUACCAGAUAUUACAUGGCUCAAGGAUGGCCUGCCUGUAGCUAAGCAUGUGACAGUGAGCAACUCAGACACAUCAUCACAGUUAAUGAUCCCCUCAGCAGAGCGUCAUGACACUGGGAUCUACACAAUCAUUGUGAAGAAUAUUGUUGGUCAAGAGACCUCCAGUGUUGAGAUAAGAGUCACAGACGACCCCAAGCCUCCAGGCCCUGUGGAGCUGGAGGAAAAUGUGUCAGGAACAGUGACCGUCUCCUGGACUCCAUCUCCUGAUGAGAAAAAAGACGACAGGCUUCACUACAUGAUCACCAAGCGCGAUUCGGUUAAGCGCACUUGGCACACUGUGGCUGACCAUCUUUUCAAUAACAAGUUCACUGCCAUCAAUAUCAUGCCAGGACGGCAGUAUCAGUUCCGGGUCUAUGCCAAGAAUGACAUGGGGCUUUCCGAACCCUCUGAGUCACCAACCUGGGAAGUGAGGAGGAAGAAAGAAACAUUUUCUGUGACUCUCCCAGCCUCAAAGGACUGCAGCUUUGAGGCGCCUCCUUCUUUCACUGUUCCGCUAAAAAUGCGCAACAGUCCAGAAAGCUAUGAAUGCUACAUGAGUUGUGCUGUGACAGGAAACCCCAAACCCCAUGUUACUUGGUACAGAAAUAACGUCAGCCUUAACACCAACACUAACUACUACAUCACUAACACAUGUGGGGUCUGCUCCAUGGUGAUACUCAAAGUUGGGCCCAAGGACAGUGGGGAUUACACAGUCAUUGCAGAAAACCCUCUGGGUAGAGUGGAGUGUUCAACUAAACUUGUCGUUAAAGGUAAAAACUCCUUCUCAGUUAUUUGUUACAUUUUAAAAUCUGUUCCUAUGGCUAUACUUUGCUUUAACAGCUCUCUUUUCUUCCUUCUUCUCCCUCAGAUUAGGAUGACGCAGUGGUCCUUAACUCCCAAAAACACCUGCCCCAUUAAAAUGAAUGGCAUGUAAAUGGUUUACCAAUCUGAACAGUGCUGUCAUUUUUGGGUUUUUUGUGAAUUACUAUAUUCAUGUGUUUAAACAAACUGUGAUGGAAAGAAAGAAAGAAAGAAAGAAAGAAAGAAACAAACAAACAAACAAACAAAUGUUAUAAAGCACUAAGGACAAAUUUGAGCGAUUCAAACAGAUUUGGUUGUAUUUGAGUGCAAAUUAUCACAGUUUAUCUGUUGGGUGCCAAUUAGACAUUUGAGAUUCAACAUGAGUGAUAUGCAAGAGCUUGCAUCCACACAUGUUCAUUUUUUUACAUUCAUUCAACUCAGCUGUGAUUAUAGUUAGUUUUCUUUGCUGUUUUCUGAAUAAGACAUACAAUUUGCUGGCUUUUCUGAAGAUACGACCUCAUGGAAAAUUGACAAUAUGACAAUAUGGCUAUAACUGAGUAUGUUUUAGUGUGUGUUUGAUUAAUCCUUAUGCCAAAAUGUAAA